CCUUGGACCGUACCAAUAUGGGAGUGGGGUGAUAGCGACUAAAGAGAAUGAAAACCAGAAACUGGACCAAGUGGGAAGAGCUGAGAGAGACACAGGGUCUGAGCGACGUCACAUCCGGUGGGUGGGGCUAGGCUCUCCCCACCCCACCCCCGGUCCGGAAGCGUGCGGUUUAAGCAGAGGGCGGCGGUGGCAGCAGCUGCGCGGACUCGCAGUUGUUCCCCAAGGAAGAUGGAAGAACUGAAAGACCGGUCGGUGGAGGAGCUGGAGAAGUUGCAGGACGACCCUGAGGAGAUUGACCGUCUGGUCAUGGAGUCCCCUGAGGUCCAGGACCUGCAGCUGGAGCGGGAAAUGGCGCUCGCCACCAACCGGAGCUUAGCUGAGCAAAACCUUGAGUUCCAGUCCCCCCUAGAGAUCAGCCGCUCGAACCUCUUGGACAAGUACCAAGAACUCCAGAAGCUGGUGGAGAAGUGCCGGGAGCAGAAGGCCCAACUGGAGAAGUUCUCCGUGGGGCUGCAGCCAGGAACCCUGCUGGACCUUCUGCAGGUGGAAGGCAUGAAAAUCGAAGAGGAGUCGGAGGCCAUGGCGGAGAAGUUCCUGGAGGGGGAGGUGCCCUUGGAUACGUUUCUCGAGCGCUUCGCCUCCAUGAGGAUGCUGUCCCAUCUGCGCCGAGUUCGAGUUGAGAAGCUCCAGGAGUUGGUGCGGAAGCCUAGGGCUUCCAAAGAGCCGCCAGCCAGGCCCGCGCUCCCACCUCGCCCACCUAUCGAGACCACCACUGCUGUGGCAGAUGCCCCGCCCUCCCUGCCUGCCCCACCUGCCCCGCCUGCAGCGGGCCCCCCCUAUCCACUCCCCUACAGCCCCUCUCCGAGCUUACCCGUGGGUCCCACGGCCCAAGGGGUUCUGCAGCCAGGCUCGUUCCCCAUCACCUCCCAACCCUCUUUCCCCUACCACGUGCCUUCUGGCCCUGGUUAUCCACCAGCCCAGCCUGGAGGGACCGCCCCUGGGCGCCCCUGGUCUCCACACUCAUCUCCUGGACCGGGAUACCCUUCGUCUCAGCCUGGGAGCUCAUCUUCUGGACCAGUAUAUCCCGUGGCCCGAGGCCCAACUCCUAAUCCAGGGUACCCUCAGCAGUCUUAUUUCCCGGCAGGAGGACGACCCCCCUACCCAACCCAGGCCCCCCCCUACCCAACCCAGGCCCCAGUGCCUAAUUUUCCAAGGCAGCCUAGACCCUCAGGGCCUCAGCGAGCCCCCUACCCAACAGGCCCCAGUCUUCCCUAUGGGUUUCCCACACCCCAGGGGCCUGUCUGGCCUGGGUAUUAGACACAAUCCUCACACAUUUGCCUCCCCUCACUUCCACCUGUGCCACAGACAUUGGUCCCACCACUGCUGCUGCCUACGAUUCGGGUUAAAGAGCUGUUGGCCCUGCCCCUGGACUUUGGAAGGAGGUUUGGCCCAUGCAGGCACCUGAUAAACCGGGGACGGUGUGGCUGUGGUGGCAUGCAGGGGUGUUUUCAGAACCAAGGCCUGGCUCACACACGAAGGGAUAAGGUCACCCCUGCAGACCUGUAGCUAACAGUGACCCGCAGUGUGAAUUUCUAUUGCAGUGAUGGUCUUCUGGUCUACCAGCUGGUCAAGCGCUAGCCAAAUAAGGGGGGAAGAUGUGGAAGCUAUUUGGGUACACACAGACAUUGAAACCAAACCCCAAAGAAUUCUGGGUGACACAACCUCACCUCUGCUCCUCCCUUUCCCCCCUGCUGUGGUUCUCUGUUAACACCCUCUCAGGGGACUGGCUGUUGCAGACACUGGCCAAUCUUCAGAUAACACAGCCAUUGGAGCUGGCUAUCUCUGCUCUAGGAGAGCCUGCCCUGGGCUUCCCCACAGGGUUAGGUUAUUCACAGGGCACUUACUAAUAUUUUCCCAGAUCUUUUACUUAGAUAACAAAUGAUAAAACACUAGUAGGCAGAAGUCAGAUACUGGCACCGUUGGAUGGUUACAGAGGCGGUGGGUGGGACAGGCCAAGCACCAGAAGCUCUGAGAAGUUGGGGCAGAUGCUGGGCCCUCUGGCAGAGACUGGGGUGGGGAGUGAGCCGCUGCAGUAGAAGUUGGGGCUCAUAGAGGCAGUCGCCCUCAUUACGUUGCCCUGGGUUCCUUCUGAGCCACCCCCUUGCCCUUCAGUGCCUUUGACCUUGGUAGCCUCAUUCCCUCUCCAUUGUUCCUUUUCCUUGUUUCUCUUAGCAAACAAAGUCAUCCCCAAAUGGUGCUUUCCCAACACUAAUAUGUCAUUUGAUCUCUCCUGCAUCCUCCAUUUGUUCUUGGGACCUACGCUAUCCCUUGUUUUCGUUAUUGGCCGCAUCCAUUAGAUCGUGGUUGCACGAGACCUGUUAAGUAAUAAGGGGUGGGGUAAGAACAGACCAUAGUGGGGUUUGAUGGGUGGAGCAUUAAUGGGGUCUUUCUGAAAUGAGGUCACUCGGUCAGACGCUGGAGCUGCUGUCUGUGUAAAAGUUGAAUGUACCUUGAACUGUCCAAGACUGAAUUGCUAACCCUCUGGCAGAACUUGAAUGAUGAGGGGAAUGUAUCACUUUUGAUUUCUGGUGCCCCAAAUGAAGGGUUGGAAACGCCAGAUUGCUUUCUCAACAUGUUGCCAAAUUCUGCUUGCUUUCCCAUAAGUUAUUUAUAAAGAGAAAUUGCUAAUGGGCUCUACUGGUUUGAAUGCUUCUGGAUUAGAUGGAUGAUGUCCCUCAUCUAUGAUUAAUCACUACAAUAAAACCAGAUGCGCUUUGUGCAGUGUCCCGGCUAUGGUGGGUUGUCUGCUUGGAAGGUGUGAUCGAUCUUGGGCAGCAUUGCCCACUGGAAAUGCUUCCUUUCAUCUUUAACAAUAAAGCCCUGUCCUCAGCCAUCCAUCUCCUGCCCUCAGAUCUUUGGCCAGGUCUCUGGGGCCUCAUUGGUAAGGCCUUCAUUUCCUUUUAACCACCCAGACUUGGUUUCCUUUCUUCACCGUUCAUAUUUCCCUUAUAAUCUCUGCUGGACCAUACUUUUCUGUUGUCCAAGCACUCUGGGCCAUGCCUGGGUUCAACUCACCAUUUUGUAAGCAAUGAGGGCCCGACAGCCCACAAGCAGCCCCAUCCAUCCAUCUCUGUUUAGCUGCUAAGUGACCCUGCCACCAGCUGGAGUGACACAAGAAUGUGGCCUGCCCUGGCACCCCCCACUUUGAAGCACUGAUUGGCAUUCAAAGCUGUUGGCAUAUCAUACGUGAGUGUGAGAGCUGUUCCCUAGGUGAACUCCUUAGCUUCUCCCACUGUUCUAGGGCCCCUGUCCCUUGGGAUGAGGGGGAAGUUUUCUGUGAGCUAUUCUUAAUGGGAGCCCAGAGAAAGGCAGCUUGGGAAGAGCUUGGGCUCAGAAGAGGCAAAGGUUUGAAUUCCAACCCUUACACUAACAAGCUGGCCAGUGCCCUUUUCUGAACCCUGGUUUUCUCAUCUGUAAAUUGGGAUAACACCUACCUCUCAGGGGUAGCUUCAAAGGGCUAGAACUAUCCACCAUCAAGGUCAAAGGUAGACUGUAAGGGACCCCAAGUGCCACUGAGAACCCCCCCUAAUUUUUUAGGGAAGGAAAUAGAGGCUCAGAAACAGAAACUCCUAGUCUAGCAGCAAAUUUGGAUUUGAACUCUCCGUUGCAAGUCCUUUGCUAACCUCAGAAUGUCACCAGCCCAGUGACAAGCAGGCAGUCAGUGAUACUCUGUGAGAUAAUGAAUUGAUAAACUUGUUAUCUCUCAGGGCUGUCUAGGUACAGGGUGCAUUCAAAGAGCCCUGAGCAACUUGUAAAUGAGGGAGCACGUUGACCCCUUGACUGAGAGUAAAGUUGGAGGGGCUAAGCAGAUUUCCAGAUGCCUGCCUGCAAAUGCACCAUCCAAGCUCAUUACGAUGAGAAAUUCAGCGAAGUCAAGGAGAUUUGGCUACAUUUCUCAAUAUAAUGAGCUUACAUGGUACAUUUACUGGGCACUUGAGGUAGGCAGACACAAAACUGGCCAGACCCAGGGGGAUCGAACAAACGACGGCUUUGGAGGAAGCAGGUCCCAACGUCCCCGUAGGUAGCAGAAUUAGGUGGUCCUUUGGAUCGGUGCCGACGUGGUCUGUUUUUAUAAGAUGUUAACAUACUACCAGGAAAGGGUUUUAUUUAGAGACUUCUUAGUGCGUCUCGCUUUACCUGCAAGCUCACUUCUCUUUCCCCUCCUUAUGCUCCGACAAAGUCACAUAUAUUCACACGAUGCUUGCCCCAUCCCCGACAGCUACCUCUCAGAUGCCAGAUGCUCACUCGCUUCUAGAGACACCUUGGGCACAUGCCCAAGGGCUCUUGCCACAUAGAUAGCCAAGCUAUUCACAGCAUAGUCAGCCCACCCUGCAGCAUCGUGAUUUCUAACUGAAGAGAAAAUUUUCCAUCUGGGAAGAGGGAUUCUACCCAGUGGGCAAAGCGUGUCUGCUUCAUUUUCAGCUGCCAAGCAGUCGGGAUGGUCCCAUAUGCCUUGAGGGAUGGGGACUUAGUGUAUCGCUCCAGGAAGGCUGAACCGGGACCAACCCAGAACUGUCUCGAGGGACUCGGGCUGAGUCAAUGUCUCAGCCUCAUUUUUGCCUCUUGCCAGAUAAGGAGUUGGGAGACGGGACCCCUUGGGUGCUUUGGAGCUUGAGCGCCCCAUUCUGCUUUGCUUCCUCCUCUGGCCUGCUGAGCACACGCUCCAUGGAACCCUUUUCUGUGGUUUGCCUUUACCGCGCAUUAUCUUCAUGAGAUGGUGGUGAUGUCACCGUUCUGAAGGCCAGGAAAUGAUACAGCUGUGGGAGAGCCUGGUGCCCAAAGCGUUACUUUUGGGAUAAUAAUUUAGACUUGAGGUUCGGCCGGCUCUUUCUGGCAUGUUCCCUGGUUACUGAGAAUGUGAGGGCCAGAGAUGCCAGCUGGGUGACUGUGUGAGCUUUCUUUGCCUGGGAAAGGUCCAAGAAUGCCCAUAAGCCCUUGGGCAAAAAUGGACCCAGGAAAGGGCUUGAGGAGGCCAGUCCUCUGCCAGUCAAACAGCCCCCAGGGCUGCUGGACUGAGCAUCUGGACAUGAGGAGCUUCCCAGAGGAAUCUGAGGGACAGAAUCAAGGCCUAAGAAAUUGAGAAGUCUGGCCAGAUGAGGCAUUCCAGCCGUAGGCUGCUGACCCACUCUCUGGUGACCCAUGAGCAGGGCUUCCAGUUUGGUACCAGUGGGUUGGGCCCCCAAACCAGGGCCAGGGCUUUACAAACUUCUUUGGGAGCAAGAUCAAAGUAAACGCUGGCCCUGGAUGGACUCAUCCGGGGUGGGGGGUGGGGGUGCGGUCCUUUGGCUGAUGGUCCUCACUCACUGCCCUGAGAUCUCAGGAGAGGAAAGAGCAGCUGGCU